AUGGAGCUCGGAUUAAAGCUUUCCAAAGCAGAGAAUGAAAGAGAGGUUGAUGCAACGAUGUAUCGAAAGAAUGUUGGGUGUCUGCGGUAUCUCUUACACACAAGACCAGACUUAUCUUUCAGCGUCGGAGUUCUUAGUCGUUAUAUGCAGAGUCCUAGAGACUCACAUGGAGCUGCCAUGAAGCAAGUACUACGAUAUCUACAAGGAAGUGUGGCGUUUGGUCUAGAAUUCAGACGAUCUGCAAUGAAAAUACCAAGGCUUGUAGGGUAUAGCGACAGUAGCUAUAAUGUACAUCCGGAUGAUGGUAAGAGCAUGACUGGACACAUAUUUUAUAUUGAUAAUAGUCCCAUCUCAUGGUGCUCACAGAAACAAGAAGUAGUAGCAUUGUCAAAUUGUGAAGCAGAAUUCAUGGCUGGGACUGAGGCUGCACGGCAAGCUAUAUGGCUACAAGAUCUUUUGAGCGAGAUAACAGAUCAGCAAAGCGAGAAGGUGCUAAUACGUAUCGACAACCAGUCUGCCAUUGCCUUAACAAAGAAUCCAGUGUUUCAUGAGAGAAACAAGCACAUACACAGGAGGUAUCACUUCAUCAGAGAGUGCGUAGAGAAUGGACAGAUUGAAAUAGAGUAUGUUCAAGGUGAUAAACAGAAAGCCGAUAUCUUGACAAAAGCUCUAGGAAGAAUUAGAUUCAAGGAAAUGAGAGACUACAUUGGAGUGAAGAAAAACUUCAAGCUUAAAGGGGAGAAUGUUGGAUAA